AUGGUCCAGACACGAUCCGCCUCAUCGACCACGGUGCCGCGCCUGUCGCCCCCGCCUCCCUCGCCAACAAAGCGACGAGUCUCGAACCGCAGCGCCUCGACCACACCUGCGCCCACCUCGGCUCCUGCUGCGGCAGCGGAGGUGACACAGCCGUCGACAAGCCUCCGCGGCGGCUACAGCAGCGGCAACAGCAUCAGCACCAGAACCACCCCUACCAUCCUCUCGCACACGCCCUCCACCCUGGCCCUCGCAUGGCUCGCCAUCUCCCUGCCUCUGGUCGCCUGGGACACGGGGUACAUCAUGCUGCGGCCGCACAGCAUGCCGGGCGGGACGUGGCACUCGCCGAUAUGGAAGCCGUACGCACUGUACGGGCGCGUCGACUACGUCUACGGUCGCGAGCGCUGGGAGUCCAACGACGGCUUCUGCGGCGCCCAGGGCACCAUGAACAUUGUCGAGUCGCUCAUGUACCUGGCGUACCUGUGGAUCUGGCACAGCAACAAGACGGCGGCGGGCGCUAGCGGCAGUGGCGCGGCUAGUGCCAGGGGUGCUGUCACUGGCAGGUCGGCGGGCCUGGCCAUGCUCAUCAUGUUUUCGGCCUGCGUUAUGACGGUCAGCAAGACGGUGCUGUACUGGCUCAACGAGAGCUGGUCAGGAUUCCACGGUAUCGGACACAACACACUGAGGGACUUGAUUGUGCUGUGGAUUAUUCCAAAUGGCGCCUGGCUCGUCUUCCCGUCAUAUCUCAUUUACAGUUACGGCCGCGAAAUACUCGAUUCUAUGGCCCCACCGACGACUCCUCUCGCCACUGAGAAGUUGGACUGA